GCGGGGAUGGAAGAGGCCCACUUCCCAGCAUGGCGGGCGGGCUGGAGCAGCUGGAGCUGGGGCAGCUCCGCCAGCCUCCCUCCUCGCCCUCGCCCUCGCCGCUCUCCUCCUGCUCGAGGCAGGCCUGGAGCCGCGACAACCCGGGCUUCGAGGCCGAGGCGGAGGAGGGGAAGCCGGCGGCGGGCAAAGGGCCGGUGCUGCAAAUGGACCCCAGCGACGCCUUGCCCUCGCAGCCGCCUCAGGAGAGCGGAGAGGCCGCAGAGAGCCCGCUGCCUUCCUCUCCUUCGCCUUCUCCUCCGCCUCCGCGCCGCCUGGCCUGGGCCAAAGGAUGGGCCAGGCGCCUCAGGGGUCUGUGGGGUACAAGAUUAAUGGAAGAAACCACAACCAGAGAGAAAUACCUGAAAAGUGUUUUGCGAGAAUUAAUCACGUAUUUGAUGUUUCUCCUGGUCCUCUCUAUCUUGUCUUAUGGGAUGGUGAGUUCUAAUAUGUACUACUACACAAAGACAAUGUCACAGCUCUUUCUAGACACACCUGUAUCAAAAAUGGAGAAGAUCAACUUCAAAACUUUGUCCUCAAUGGAAGACUUCUGGAAGUUUGCUGAGGGUCCUUUGCUUGAUGGAUUGUAUUGGGACAUAUGGUACAACAAUAAAACAGUGACAGAGAAUAGAAGUUUCAUCUACCAUGAGAAUCUGCUUUUGGGAGUCCCUCGGAUGCGGCAGCUGAAAGUGAGAAAUGGCUCAUGUUUAAUACCUGAAGAUUUACAGGAUGAAAUCAAAGACUGUUACAGUGUUUACUCUGUGGGUAAUGAGGACACUGCUCCAUUUGGGCUUCGCAAUGGAACUGCUUGGACGUACACCAGUGAAAAAGAUCUCAAAGGGAGCAGCCAUUGGGGGCUCAUUGCAACAUACAGUGGAGGUGGCUAUUACCAGGAUCUUUCUAAAAGCAGAGAAAAGACUUCUGACUUGAUUGCUGGCCUUAAGAACAACUUGUGGCUUGACAGGGGCACGAGGGCAACAUUUAUUGAUUUUUCUGUAUACAAUGCCAAUAUCAAUCUCUUCUGUAUUGUCAGGUUAUUGGUGGAGUUCCCACCAACAGGAGGUCUCCUUACGUCUUGGCAAUUCCAGCCAGUGAAGCUGAUACACUACAUCUCUACCUUUGACUUCUUCUUAGCUGCCUGUGAAAUAAUUUUUUGCUUUUUUAUUAUUUAUUACGUGGUAGAAGAAAUCCUAGAAAUUCACAUUCACAGACUAUUCUAUUUCAGAAGUCUUUGGAAUUGUCUUGAUGUUCUCAUUAUUCUGCUAUCAGUCGCAGCUAUCGGAAUUAAUAUAUAUCAAUCAUCUGCCGUGGAUAGGAUGCUGAAAGAGCUGCUGGAAAAUCAAAAUAGCUUCCCAAAUUUUGAGCCUUUAUCAUACUGGCAAACACAGUUCAACAGUAUUGCAGCCAUCACCAUGUUUUUUGUCUGGAUGAAGCUUUUUAAAUUCAUCAACUUCAACCGGACAAUGAGCCAGUUAUCUUCCACAAUGUCGCGAUGUGCCAAAGAUAUCCUUGGUUUUGCUAUUAUGUUUUUCAUCAUUUUUUUAGCCUAUGCACAGCUAGCCUACCUAGUAUUUGGCACACAAGUUGAUGACUUCAGUACCUUCCCAGAUAGUAUCUUUACACAGUUCCGCAUCCUGUUGGGAGAUUUUGACUUUACAGAGGUUGAAGAGACUAACAGAAUUUUGGGACCAGUUUAUUUCACUACAUUUGUAUUCUUUAUGUUCUUCAUUCUUUUGAACAUGUUUUUGGCUAUCAUCAAUGAUACAUACUCAGAGGUCAAGUCGGAUAUGGCACAACAGAAGUCUGAAAUGGAACUGUCAGAUCUUAUUAAAAAGGAAUACACUAAAGCCAUGGUGAAAUUAAAAUUGAAGAAAACACCAGUUGAUGACAUUUCAGAGAGUUUACGACAAAGUGGAGGCAAAUUAAACUUCGAUGAACUACGGCAAAACCUUAAGGGAAAAGGACAUACUGAUGCUGAAAUUGAAGCUAUCUUUACAAAGUAUGACCAAGAUGGUGAUCAGGAAUUGACUGAGCUGGAGCAUCAACAGAUGAGAGAUGAUUUGGAGAAAGAGCGAGAGGACUUGGAUCUAGACAGAAGCUCUCUGAACCGUCCACUGAGUGGCCGUAGUUUUCCACGAAGCCUUGAUGACUCUGAAGAGGAUGAUGACGAUGACAGCGGGCAUAGCUCAAGGAGGAGAGGCAGCAGCUCAAGUGGAGUGUCAUAUGAAGAGUUUCAAGUAUUGGUUCGACGCGUGGAUCGCAUGGAACAUUCCAUAGGCAGCAUUGUUUCAAAGGUCGAUGCUGUCAUUAUGAAGUUGGAAAUUAUGGAGAAAGCAAAACUCAAGAGGAAGGAGGUCUUAGGAAGACUGUUGGAUGGGGUCACAGAGGAUGAAAGGUUGGGCCGUGAAAAUGAGGUCCACAGAGAUCAGAUGGAGAGACUUGUGCGAGAAGAACUGGAGCGCUGGGAAUCAGACGAUGCCGCCUCCCAAGUGAGCCACCGCUUGGGGACCCCAGUGGGGCUCAAUGGCCAAAGCCGGGCAAGGAGCUCCCGUCCCUCUUCCUCCCAGUCCACAGAAGGCGCCGAGGGUGGCGGGGCUGGGAACGGCGGGAGCAACGUAAAUGUCUAGGGGCAUUUUUCUUGUAAUUUCAAAAACUCCCUCAUUUAGUGACCUACGUAAAUGAAACAGUGCUGUAUCUUACCUACACAGCUGGGUAGAGUCAAUAAGCAGAGAAGCAGCUUGGCUAUUCUGGUUAAAUAGAACAAGACACUUAUAUGAAAUAUUCCUACCUGUGUUUUGAGGACCAGGUGCAGCUAAACUCCAUUCCAGCCAUUUACACUGAAAUGGCAUCCAUUUUUCAAGUUAGCAGGAAAUAAAGGGCCAAACCAGGGAGGCUAAUUAUAGACUAAAGUUUUACUCUAUAAUUACUUAACAGACCUACCUGAGAAUAAGCUCCAUGGAAUGCAGUGGGACUUACCUUUCAGUAAAAAUGUACUUCAGAUACAAAUUAAGUGCAAAUUGAAUAUGCCUUAUCUGAAAUUUUCAAGACUAGAACUGCUUUGGAUUCUCUCUC